AUGAUACUGUUGGCCAAUGGCUGUGUGGUUGCGGUCGAUGGUGACCACGGGUGGAGAGAUGGUGACCACGGGUUGAGAGAUGGUGACCACGGGGCGAGAGAUGGUGACCACGGGUUGAGAGAUGGUGACCACGGGGUGAGAGAUGGUGACCACGGGGUGAGAGAUGGUGACCACGGGGUGAGAGAUGGUGACCACAGGUGGGGAGAUGGUGACCACGGGUGGAGAGAUGGUGACCACAGGUGGGGAGAUGGUGACCACGGGUUGAGAGAUGGUGACCACGGGGUGAGAGAUGGUGACCACGGGUUGAGAGAUGGUGACCACGGGGUGAGAGAUGGUGACCACGGGGUGAGAGAUGGUGACCACGGGGCGAGAGAUGGUGACCACGGGUUGAGAGAUGGUGACCACGGGGUGAGAGAUGGUGACCACGGGGUGAGAGAUGGUGACCACGGGGUGAGAGAUGGUGACCACAGGUGGGGAGAUGGUGACCACGGGUGGAGAGAUGGUGACCACAGGUGGGGAGAUGGUGACCACGGGUUGAGAGAUGGUGACCACGGGUUGAGAGAUGGUGACCACGGGGUGAGAGAUGGUGACCACGGGGCGAGAGAUGGUGACCACGGGUUGAGAGAUGGUGACCACGGGGCGAGAGAUGGUGACCACGGGUUGAGAGAUGGUGACCACGGGGUGAGAGAUGGUGACCACGGGGUGAGAGAUGGUGACCACGGGGUGAGAGAUGGUGACCACAGGUGGGGAGAUGGUGACCACGGGUGGAGAGAUGGUGACCACAGGUGGGGAGAUGGUGACCACGGGUUGAGAGAUGGUGACCACGGGGUGAGAGAUGGUGACCACAGGACGAGAGAUGGUGACCACGGGGUGAGAGAUGGUGACCACGGGGGAAGAGAUGGUGACCACAGGACGAGAGAUGGUGACCACGGGGUGAGAGAUGGUGACCACAGGACGAGAGAUGGUGACCACGGGUUGAGAGAUGGUGACCACGGGUUGAGAGAUGGUGACCACGGGGGAAGAGAUGGUGACCACGGGGCGAGAGAUGGUGACCACGGGUUGAGAGAUGGUGACCACGGGUCAAGAGAUGGUGACCACGGGUCAAGAGAUGGUGACCACGGGGCGAGAGAUGGUGACCACGGGUUGAGAGAUGGUGACCACGGGUCAAGAGAUGGUGACCACGGGUUGAGAGAUGGUGACCACGGCCGAGAGGUCUAA